AUGCCUCAAGACCUCCCUCCCUCCGCCGGCUACGAGCCCGUGCAAUACCGCCGAAACCUGCCUGUGCGCGGCUUCCGACCGGUCUGGUACCUCGCCAUCGUCGGCGCCAUCACGACCUACGGCUUCUACAAAGUGGGAGUGGGAAUUCGGGAGAAGAAUGAACUCGCGCGGGAGAAGAUGUGGUCGCGCAUUUACCUCAUCCCGUUAUUACAGGCCGAGGAAGACCGAGAUCAGGUGCGGAGGUACUACGCUCAGCAGGCGCUGGAGAAGGAACUGUUGGGGACGGAGACGAAGGUGUAUCAUGGUGACCGAUUUGUACGGCCGACGUAUGUGGUGACGCCGGGACAGGUGACGAAGUAG